GCUUCUACGUUUCUUCUCCGGCGACCGAAGCCACCGCCCCAGCCUCGCCAUGGACUCUCUCCUCGCCACCUACGCCUCUUCUGACGACGACGCUGACUCCGACGAGGCCCCGUCCACCGCCCCCGCCGCCUCCUCCGGUGGCCGCGCCGGCGGACUCUUCUCGCUCCCGCAGCCCAAGUCAGCCCCCGCCCUGCUCUUCUCCUCCCUCCCGGCGCCCAAAUCCACCCCCGAGCCGCUCUUCUCCUCUCUCUCGGCGCCCAAAUCCGCCAACGCCCCCACCUUCUCCUCCAUCCCGGCGCCCAAGACUUCCGGAGGAAACCCUAAGCGCGUCGUCCAGUACCGCCCGCAGCCGAUCCUGCAGUCCGCAGGCGACAGCUCCGACGACGACGAGGACGACGCCAAGAAGCGCCGCGCCAGCAACAACGAGGCGAGCUUGCCGCACGUGUCUGCUGGCUUGGGGCCCGUGUCCUCGUUCCUCCCGCCGCCGAAGCACUCGCUCGGGCUCGGCUCCGGCUCUGGCGCUGGAGCCAGGAGGUCGGCAAUCGAUACGGCUGCGCCGGAGAAGCCAAAUCUCAGCAACGCCGUGCCUUCAAGCUCGGUUACCAAUACAGGAGCCCCGGAAAGGCCCAGCACUGGCGCGUCCGAUGACGACGAUUCGGAGGAUAGCGGCAGUGAGGGCGACAUGCCUGCGCCAGAGCUGGAGGAGGAACAUCAGGAGCAGCCGAGUUUUAAUGCUGCAGCUGCAGAGCAGCAGCAAGGCCAUGAUGCUGGAGCUGGGAGCACUAGUGGAUAUGGAACCUAUGCAUGGGAUCCAAACUACUAUGCCCAAUACGGUGCGAAUUAUGGCUGGGAUCCUAGUGCCAGUGCAAGUUAUGAGGAUGGAACACAGUAUGCCGCAUAUGAAGAAGGCCAAAGUGGAGGGUAUGCUCAUUCGCACGGAGGAGAGCAUGGCAGUGGAUACGAGCAUGUUGCGGCAGUGCCAUAUGGGGUAGAUUAUACUGGAGGGUAUGGUCAUGAGGUAGCAGCAACGGCGUUGCCACCGGUGCAAGAACCAGUACUGCCACCAGAGAUGGGUAGGAUUGGAGGGAAGAGAGGUAGGAAUGAUAUGCCGGCCCAGAUUUUAGAGGUAAAUCAAGCAGAGCUGAUGAAGAACAGACCGAAGCAGGAUAAGUCCAAGCUCACUGGGCUGGCCUUUGGUCCUAGUUAUCAGCCUGCCCCUUCAGCAAAAGGAAAGCCAUCGAAGUUGCAUAAAAGGAAACACCAGAUUGGUUCUCUGUACUUCGACAUGAAGUCGAAGGAGAUGGAGCUUGCAGAGAGGCGCUCCAAAGGCAUCCUUACGAAAGCAGAAACUCAAGCAAAAUAUGGCUGGUGAGCAUGUAAGAAAAACUCAGGAUACCUAUAUGGGAUCUGUUGAAUUGAAUUGGCCGAGGUUUUGUUGCAACUGUUAUGGACUUUGUAAACCCAAUGCAGAACAGAUAGUUCGAUGAUCAGUCGAUUAAUGAGCCAACACUUGUGUUAA